CUGACCAUUCACCGGAAUCGAGUCCAGACACAGAUCUCAGAGAGCAGGUGACCACGAAAAAGAAGAAAAGACUCUACACACCACGAACGCGAACGAGACGCAUUAUAACUGCCGGGCCUUCUCAGAAUCCUGAAGUUCCAAUAGCCGAGUCCGAUCUACUCGACUUCAGAAACCGCGUUUCACCACCACUGCCGCGAGGGGAAUUGCAAGCAUUACCUAAGGAGUCACAAAACCUGACAUCAGAAUAUGACGCAUCGUGUGAGUCUCUCGACAUAAAACAUCCCGAACUAGAAUCCCGAGACCCCACGGAGUCGGAAGCGACGCUGACCCCGGCGGGAUUGCGAUGUCAGGAAAGUAUCGUGAACGACGACCCACAGGAGGGACUACCUCCGAAUACAAAUGUCCACCUCUCCUUUGACGCUGGGUACUUGGCAUCUUCUGAUUCACAGUCCGCCUCAGACUUUCGCACAGUUGUGGAAAAAUACACCCAAGACCCGGACGUUGCACAGUGGAACCAGAACAGAAAUCCAGAGAUUCGGAUUCAUCAUCAAAUCAUCUACGACCGAUUCCCUGAUGGUCUGGCAGCUUUUGCGGCCAGGAUUGGCCUGAGUGCUGUGCCACCAGUGGAUGGCGUACCUGAAACUGGCAUCGAACCGGAGAGUGCUCGACAACGCUAUCGCGAGGUCGGCCAGACCAGCUCGGGCGGCAGCAUGAUGGACAGUUCGGUGUCCGUGAAGCAGGAGCCGGAUAAUGAGCCGGCGGCCCCUACAGACAGCCGCAGCGAUGUCUCGGCCAACCACAUCGACGCACCGUACGACGAGGGCUUCGAAGCCAUGCUAAUCACGCGCAUCCAGAACCGGAUCCGAGAGCUAGGCGGCAUCGGCGAGUACGACCUCUCCGACCCGACCGACCUUACUCCCGCCGGCCGCCAGGUCAAGCAGCGGUUCGGCUUCCUCAUCCAAGACGGCAGCGACGACGAGCAGGCCGGCCCGCCGUCCGUGCUGAAGAGCCGAGAGCGCGGUCGGCGACGACGGCGGCGCGUGCCCGACUGGAUGCUGACGGAUGUGCCGUCGGACGAGACGCUCCGGACCGACCCGGCCGCCCAGUCGUCGGCCACGUCGGUCAGCUCAGAGCCGCCGUUCGCUGCCACGCACCCGCCGCGCCGCUACGUCGGCUCGCCCGAGUCCGAGAGCGAGCUGUCGGCACUGCGCGACGUCCGCGCCGAGGGCGGCGACGAGUUCGUCGAGGCGGUGCUCUGGCGGCUCCAGGAGAGCCUGCGUGCCAGCCACAACUUCCGCGAGUACCGCGACUCGGUGGCGCGCAAGAGCGACUACGAGCGCCGCGCGGAGCGGCACCACCAGGACACGGCCAGCGACGACACGGACGAAGAAAGCAGCAGGAGCAGCGCCGGUCGCGUCCACUUCCAGAAAAAGGUGCUGGUGCGUCCACUCGGCAAAGACCCGCUGCUCACCGAGUACCGGCGGCCUUACUCCAAGGUCUCUAAACAAAAGCUCUCCGCCGUCAAGGAGUACAACCCUGAGCCAGAUGACCCGGACUACGAGGACUCGCUGAAGGACAAGACAGAGGCGGAGGCCGCGAAGGCGGCGGCUGCAGCGGCGGAGGCAGAUCAGACGGAUGCUGCUCCGACGACGCCGCCGACCGCGCCGGCACCAGCGCCCAAAACGCAACCGGGAUGGAAGAAACUAUUCUGUUGUGUUGGUGGGGCGGAGGAACCAGCCGCCAAAGCUCCACCUCCUCCAAAGCCUGCAGCUGCACCACCAGCUCCACCAGGCUCCACCAGCUCCACCAGCUCCACCAGCAAGUUGGCAAAACAACCUGAAGUGAAACGAAAGAGACGCAAAGUCAAGAGCCUGCAGGUGAAGGACUUGGACCCGGACACCCCCAACGAAGAGCUCCGGACGCUCCACAUGAUGUUUGACGACCAGCUGGAGCUAUGCAAGCUGACCGAUCCGGACACGGAUCCAAGUCUAGACGACCCGUCAGAGCUGUCGGACCCCGACUCUGAGCACGAGACGCCCUGUUUCGCGGACUUUCUCAGAGCAUGCGGACUCCCGGAUGCAAAGGUCGACGACUAUAUGAAAUACUACAAGACUCACAAAGGACUGACCGACAGCGGCCACGGCGACUGGGCAGGCACGGGUCGAGGCUCGAGUGACCGGCCGUCCAGCGCCAGCAGCGGGGACGACCCCAGCUGGUGGGAUAAACGCGCCCGCGAGCGCCGUCAGGACUACCGGCGCAAGCGGCGCGAGCACCGCGAGUACCAGCGCCAGAUCGAGACCCAGCGCGACCUGGAGGAGGAGGUGCUGGAGAAGGAGCUGCUACGGCGGCUGUUGGCCGAGCUGCAGAACGAGCAGGUGCGUGCCAGGGAUCGCGAGAAGCGUAGGGUGGUGGCCAGGGUUUCUGGAGGAGGAGCUGAUCACGAGGCUACGACUGGAGCUGGCGAGGCUGCGGGAGAGGAGCGAGGAGCGGAAGGGAGCAUAUGUGCCACGCAGCUGCUCGAGGAGGAGGCCAACACCCGCGAGCUGAACAACCGCAUCGAGGAGCUGCGCAGGCGGAUGGAAGAGAACAAGAUUCUGAGGGAUUAUGAAAGGGACGAGGAGCAGCAGAGACUCCAGCUGCUGGAGGAGCUUCUCGUCAAGGAAAGGCGACGAAUGGACAUUCAUGAUGCCCAGCGCCCUGAAAGAGCAGGACUUGGAGGAGGCGGACAGAGAUCUCCUGAUGGACAUUGA